CAUAGUCGCAUCCCUACUGUUUUUCAUGACCCCCGGGUUCUCCAAAAUUUACGGAGGGCUGGAUUUUAUGGGGUACACCGUGUGCACCCGAUUAGAUUUGAUCAUGGUUUAAUCACCGCUCUCAUUGAGCGGUGGAGACCGGAGGUGCAUGCUUUUCAUUUCGCUUUUGGAGAGAUGGGUAUCACUUUACAGGAUGUAGAGUGUCUAUUGGGUCUCCCCAUUAACGGAUUUGCAUUUCUUGGGUUGAGACGCACCGUAGAUGAGAGAGACCAUGAUUUUUUGCAUGCUCUGAACUGGACACUUCUUGAUGAACAUCUGGGCCGUCCUGACCAAUUUAAGAUCAAAGAAUUGUUUCCACGAAAUCCUGAACAGCAAGUUCAACCAAAUGCUGGAUGGACAAAUCGGGAGGUGGAGCAAUACACAGCUCGGGUCAUCUAUGGGUAUUUGGCGGGUCUUUUGUUUCCAGACUCAUCUGGCCGCUUUGCACCUACAGAUUUUGUAUCAUAUCUGGGAGAUUUUGACACGAUUGCGAAUUUUAGUUGGGGUUCAGCUGUACUUCAAGAUUAUUUAGUGGUUUAUGUCGGGCAUCCCUUCGAGUGAAUAAUUCCCGUCCAUGUGGAUAAGAUGCCAAAAUUGAUCAUCCCGAGCUCGUAAAGUACAGAAAAAUGGGACCCAAUGAGGCGUUACACGUCUCAGUGAAGAGCGAAAUUGGCCUUGAUGAAUUGAAGAGCAGAGUUCACCAGCUACUUACAUCUCAAUCAGAAAGGAUUGACAACCAAAAAAGCAAACAAGAAAACCUUGAAGCUCCUCUCCUCUAUAGUCUAUAGUGCUCCCUGACAAGAAACGCAUUAAGAAAGUGCACUCCCAAUGAUGAUGAAGAUCCGAAGUCAUAUAUUUCUAUUUUGCUUACCGUUCAGCUAAUUAGGCCACACUAGGCAUAGGCAUAGCUCAAGCGGUUUCUUUAUUUCAUACUCCACCAAUGAAUGAAAUUGAUCUCUAUCU